AAUAUUCCAAGAUAGUUGGAGUACAAUUCUUAUCAGUAUUACAUAUUAUACCCACGCUAUACACUCGUGUAUAUUAUUUCACAGGAUAACCAAGCUAAAUAAGGUUUUAGUGCUUUUUAAAAAUGAGUUUAAGCGAUGUGCAUUCUGUUGCAAACGGUGCGUACGAAUUGUCCAUUAUUACCAAAGACUCCCUGGCUGAUGCCUUGGCCGUAAUUCAACAGGCAUUCUUUGUCGAUGAAAAUGUUUCCAUUGCGACAAGAGUCGCGGAAAACUCGCAGGCCAUCGAAGAGCUCACCGAGUUGUGCAUAAGAGCAGCAAAUGAUGGUGUAUCUUUAGUCGCUAUCGAAAAAGCCUCAGGUAAAGCAGUGGCCGCCUGUUUCAACAAGAUCCAAGUCUUACCUGGUGAAAACGAAGAAAACUACUUCGAACAGUUCGAAGCCAAGUGUAAAAAUCCGUCCUCAAGAGGCCUAAUGCGCUACAUGAUCGAAAUGGAGAAACAGUACGAUGUCUUUACUGAAAAGCAGAUCAAAUGCGGGCUGGAGAUCAUGUUUAUCGCCACGCUGCGCGAACACCGCGGACACCACCUGGGUUCAGAAAUGUGGCAGUUCUCCAUGGACAUCGCAAAUCGUAUAAAACAUGGCAAAAUGGCGGUUCCUUUAGAGGGCAGUCCACGACCAGAAUGCGUAAUGGCAUUAGCUACAUCCAACGCAACAGCCAAAAUUGGCGAAAAAUUUGGAUUCCAAGUCCUACUGGAAGUGCCAUUUGAUCAAUUCACAUUUGAAGGGAAACCUUUCUCGGAACGCAUCGGUCCCGAAACCAAAUCCUCAAAAUUGAUAUUUAAGGAAGUGCUAUAAAUUACUCACUCGUCCACUUGAAAUAAUUAUCUUGUCCCCUAUGUGAUAUUUAAAGAUUGUACCAAAUAAAAUUGCAAUCAUAACUUGCCUCACCUCAAACAAAA